AUGGUGGAUACCAGACAUUCUCAAAGAAAGAGGCGCAAUAGCGGUGCCCUGGACGUCAAUCCAAGUCCUCGAGUCUUGCGCAGCAGCUCCCGUCGCUUCGACGAUGCUGUCACCCCUCGCCCAAACAAAAAAGUCCGUUUUUCGGACCCAGGCCCAAGGCUGCCAUGCCCUGACUACUCUACGGGGCUUACCCCAGCCAUGUGCCGCACUUCCUUUGAAGAAUCCAACGCAGUCACUGUACUACAAGGCAGUCCAAGUCGCAGGUUGCGAAGACGCUCAACUCCUCUGCCACGGAACCGUCGCUCCGAUAGUUUAGUCCCUUUGGACUCUACCUCAUCAGAGAGGGUUCUCCAUUUUACUCCUCUGCGACAGAUUUUAGACUCGCGGACACAGCGCAGAAUAAGACGACUGGGUCUAAGUGAAGAGCUCAACAACAUAGAACGCGAGAAGCGAGCAUCUGCUCAAUAUGAGAAGACUUGGCAAUCACUGCUCCGAGAAAGGAACGCCUUGCAGCAAGAAUUAGAACUAGUGAAAAAGCGCCAGAUCUCCCCGGAAAGUCAUUCGACUACCGAUGACGGAGACUGGAUGGCACCUCGAGAGAGAAUUGACCAUCUAGAAUCUCAGAACGACCAACUGCGAACCCAGUUAUCAUUUUCAACACGCGAAGACUCUGUCACCACAGAUGGCGAGUUUGAUACAAUCAUGAUCAACGAUAGCGGCUUCGAUGCAGACACGCUACUUAUGUCCAAUUCUCCGAUCAUCCGCGUCGCCGAUAUGCGCGCGACGUCAGUCCCCGACGACCCUUCCCUGCUCAGUCGAAACGCGGGCGGCUCGGCCCAACCCUCGGAGAAUGCUGAACUUGCCGCGCUUUCCCACGAUCUUGAGGUCGCAAAGAAAGAGAAGAGAAAUCUCUUUGAUGCUUGCCGCUCUCGUCUUGGCUCACUCGAUAACACAGCGCUUGGACGCCAUCUGCAUCAAUCGUCUCCACCACCGGACUUCCUCCACGACAUUCUUCCUACGCUAAUGCAAGCGCUGGAUCGAGCUUCCAAUGCUACUCGCACUCUCGAUUCCAUCCAACAUGAACUCUCUGAUCUGGGGUUCUCGGGUACCAACGCAAUGGAAAUUAUCGCGGAAAUGCGAGACCGGUUCCGCUCUGCUCGUCUUGAACUGGAGCGUGCAGUACCCGGCGAGACUGCCCAUGCUAGCUUAAAUGACGGCCCUUCUACUCUCGGUGCGCUAGUAAAACGAGUCGAGACCCUUGUCAAAGGUCUCGGGGAGGAGCGGACGCGACAUGAAGGCUCUGCUGACCGCGAAAGAGCCCUGCGUGGCCAGUUUGAUCAUUUACUGGUGAGAUAUGAGGCCGCAGCGAAGAAGAUACACGACCUAGAGGACUCGAUUUCCUCUUCUGCUGCGGACAUGCUCCACACCAGGAUGCGCAUGCAGGAACUAGAGAACGAGGCCCAGGAGCAUGUUAUUGGCAUCGACAGGUUGAACAGUGCCCUUAGCAAAUACCAUGGUGAGGUGAACGGCCUCGAGUUACUUGUUACGAGGCUGGAAGAUGAAAGAACUAAAUUCAGUGAGCAACAUGCCCAGCAAAUAUCAGACUUGGAGAAGAAGAUUGCAGCCGAAGAGAAUGCCCGUCAAGCAGCCGAAUCAACCAUUUCCGAAAGGGAACGGCUGAUCCGCGAGCUUGAAGAGGUCAUCGAGCACAACCGCAUACGCUUUUGCGAUCUCACUACCAAGGUUGAAAGGAUGGAACGGGAGCGGUCCGAAGCGAUUGAAAGCUGGAAGCAGAGCACUGCGGAGCAGGAUGCAAAGCACGACCAGGAACUCGGGCUGAUGAAUGUCCGCGUCUCCGAGCUCAACACAGCGCUUGAGGCAGCCAAAACCGAAACCGAGAAGCUUCGUCACACCCAUUUUGGCCUUGAAGAGCAACUACGCUUCGAAGUUGAGGCUAGAGACAGCUUAUUGGAUAGCUGGGCGGCCGAGCAAGCACGGUCGUUUGCGUUUAUGAAAUCCACAGUCAGUUCCGAGCGUCGAAAGGCGAAAGCCCGUGCUGCCAAUUGGGAAAUGAAAUCGGACGAGCUACAAUCCGAGACGCCUCUUGGCAGUGAACCCAUCACUCCUGUCAGUAUGACUAGGUUCGUUGACGUGGAGGUUGGACGUGGAAAGCAUCGCAGACGACUGGACAGUGGAAUCGGUAUCCUGACCGAGGAUGAGCUUGAGUUGCUGCCUUCUGAUCCGGCCGACCUUUGA